UGUGGCAAGUGACUUGCUGCUAGAGCUGAAGCCUGAAUAAACUUACGUACCUCAAUUUACUAGUCCGUUGAAUUCUUCAAUAAAAAGGUAUGAGUAGCAUUAAGAAAAUGUGAGAAGCUUAAAUAACUCUCUACCAGUUCCAAACCAAUAACCUUGUCAAACCCAACAGAACUAACACAGGAUAUUAAGAAAUCAUUGUUUAUUCAGAGAGAGAGAGAGAGAGAGUCUGAAAGAGAAAGAACAGAAGCAAAGCAAGACAAGAAAUCUACGGAAGUCUAUCCCAACACCAUAGAAAAUGAAGCAGCAUGCACAGUGGCAGUAAAAUAAAGAUAACUUUUAAAGUUAGGAACUUGCUGUUAAAUUCUAUACAAUGAAGUGUUUCUACUACUUUAAGGACAAAUCCAGAGGCAGGGGACAAAGAUCAGCACCAGACUUGAAAGAGCAAACAUCUGAUUAUUCAGGCUCUGAUCAGGUCACUCUGUCUUCAUGCUCUGCACCCUCCCCGCGUGGAAUACCACAACUGUAUGAGGAGAAGGCUCAUAACUUGCGCGUUUUCUCAUACUCGGAUCUCAGACAUGCGACUAAUAAUUUCAGUAGGCUACUUAAGAUUGGGGAGGGUGGAUUUGGGAGCGUGUAUAAAGGUUCAAUCAAGCCUGCUGAGGGAAAUGGUGAUCCAAUCAUGGUUGCGAUUAAAAAGCUCAACAAGGAUGGCUUACAGGGCCACAAACAAUGGGUGGCAGAAGUUCAGUUUCUUGGCGUUGUGGAGCAUCCAAACCUUGUCAAACUCAUAGGAUACUGUGCUGUGGAUGAGGAGAGAGGGAUCCAGCGAUUACUUGUAUACGAAUAUAUGCCGAACAAAAGCUUAGAGAAUCAUCUUUUCAAUAGGGCAUACCCAACUCUUCCUUGGAAAACCAGAUUACAGAUAUUACUGGAAGCAGCUCAAGGAUUAGCUUAUCUGCAUGAAGGAUUGGAAGUUCAGGUGAUAUUUCGAGACUUUAAAUCAUCCAAUGUGUUGUUGGAUGAGAAUUUCAAACCAAAGCUUUCAGACUUUGGACUUGCUAGGGAGGGACCAAUGGCUGGACGAUCCCAUGUUUCAACAGCAGUGGUUGGAACAUACGGGUAUGCUGCCCCAGAAUACAUUGAGACUGGUCAUCUGACAAGUAAGAGUGAUGUGUGGAGUUUUGGUGUUGUAUUAUAUGAGAUAAUUACAGGUAGGAGAUCAUUAGAAAGAAACCGCCCAAGUGGAGAGCAGAAACUUUUGGAUUGGGUGAAACAGUUCCCUGCCGACAGUAAAAAGUUCAUCUUGAUAAUGGACCCAAGACUGGAAGGCAAGUUUUCUAGUAGUGCAGCUCGGAAAAUUGCCAAGUUAGCAGACAACUGUUUAUUAAAGAACGCAAAAGAUCGGCCAACGAUGGGUAAGGUGAUAGAGAGAUUGGAGGAGAUAAUCCAACAAUCCGACGAAGAUAACCCUUCUGAAAAUGGUCGGAAGUCCUUCGAAGAUGAUGACCCAAGUGAGACAGAGCAGAAGAAGAAUCAAGUUGGACCUGCAGAAUCAUGGAAAAGGCGGAUGGCCCAUCUGGCAAAUCUGGGUGAGAAUGUGGAGGGUGCAAGUAGAAGAAGAUUUAUGAUAAUGCAGAGGGCCGAAGUGCCUUAAAUAGUUUUCCCCACCGCAAGUUUUCAUCUUGGUUCAUUUCUUAGGGACGUGGUGUUUUUGUCUGGUAAGGUGGAAAAUGUGUCGGAUUAUAUAGACCUUUGUAUAUCCCUGAACUGACAAACAGAAGUUCCUAUGGAGUGAAUGAGCUAACCUUGUAAAUAAGCAUAUGAUUGGAGAAACUGAAUGGUGGCUCUUGAGAGAGAUUGGCUUUUUUUUGUAAAGGUUAUGUAAUUAAACAUUUUAUCGCAGGCUUACGUUUCCUUUUCUUCUUC